AUGGCCUUCUAUGUUCCUAUUCCUAGUGUAUCUGUGGUGAGUCUGACCUCCUGCCUGGAGAAAUCUGCUAAUUAUGACAAAAUCAAGAAAAUGGUGAAGCAAGCAUCAGAGGGAAACUUGAAGGCAUCUUGGGCUACACAGAAGCCCAGUGACAGCUAUAUUGUUCGUGUCAAAGCUGUGGUUAUGACCCGAGAUGACUCCAGUGGGGGAUGGUUACCUCAAGAAGGAGGGGGUAUCAGUCGAGUUGGUGUCUGCAAGGUCAUGCCCCCCGAUGGCAACGGAAGAAGCGGUUUUCUCAUCCAUGGGGAACGGCAGAAAGACAAACUGGUGGUAUUGGAAUGCUAUGUAAGAAAAGACUUGGUCUACACGAAAGCAAACCCAACAUUUCAUCAUUGGAAAGUUGAUAAUAGAAAGUUUGGGCUUACUUUCCAAAGCCCAGCUGAUGCACGAGCCUUUGACAGAGGAGUGAGAAAAGCAAUAGAAGACCUGAUCGAAGGAUCUACAACUUCUUCUUCAACAAUCCAUAAUGAAGCUGAGCUUGGAGACGACGACGUUUUUACAACGGCUACAGACAGUUCUUCUAAUUCUUCUCAGAAGAGGGAGCCACCCACCCGGACAAUCUCUUCGCCCAUGUCUUGUGAGCACCGGAGUAUAUAUACCUUGGGCCAUAUCCAUGACCAAUAUAGUUCUGACCACUAUCAACUUGAACAAUCCAUCCCAAGACCGUACAGACAGGUCAGUUUCCCAGAUGAUGAGGAGGAAAUCGUCCGCAUCAACCCUCGGGAAAAGAUUUGGAUAACGGGGUACGAGGAUUACCGGCACGCUCCUGUGAGGGGCAAAUACAUGGACAGCUCGGAGGAUGUAGACUCCUACGUGCGCUUCGCCUCCAAGGGUGAUGCCUCCAAGCACGACUACACCUACCCCUACAUUGACCACUCAGACUUUGACCCAGGGGAGGACCCCAAAGGAAGGGAUCUAGGGAGCGUGAUUAAAACUCAGCCCAACCGAGGCAAGUCCCGUCGGCGGAAGGAGGAUGGGGAGCGGUCACGGUGUGUGUACUGUAGAGACAUGUUCAACCACGAAGAGAACCGGAGGGGUCAGUGCCAGGAUGCCCCUGACCCCAUCAGAACUUGCAUCCGCCGAGUGAGCUGUAUGUGGUGUGCAGACAGCAUGCUCUAUCACUGUAUGUCUGACCCAGAGGGAGACUAUACGGACCCUUGUUCGUGCGACACCAGCGAUGAAAAGUUUUGCCUCCGGUGGAUGGCCCUCAUCGCCUUGUCCUUCCUGGCCCCCUGUAUGUGCUGUUACCUGCCCCUCCGAGGCUGCUACAACUGUGGGGUGAUGUGUAGGUGCUGUGGCGGGAAACACAAAGCGGCUGGAUGAAGACGGCAGCCUCUCGUUCUCUCUCCCUCUCUCCUUACCAUUGGCAGGGGCUGAUGACCCCCCCAAAGGGGGAGCCUCCUCUCCAGAGCCCCACUGCACCUGGAGACAUCAUUCCAGCCUGGGGAACCCCUCCAGUGGGUUUGCCACUUGAGCUCCAGCCAGCCACUCUUAUUGGUUCACCCAGACACACACACAUAUUCACCCCACCCCCAGUGUUCUAAUGAAAUUAACCUUCGGCAUAGACUAUUGUAUUAUUAAUAAUCUGUAAUCCAACUGAUUGUCUUG